AUGAGUGAUGUUGAACAUUUGAAAGCAUUUGUGAGUAGAGAUGGUGAUGAACUCAUCAUUCAAAAGGCACCAGAGGGACAUGUUAGAAUCGAGGUGACACACUCGGUCUUGUCCGAUGAUAUAUUAGGUACAAACAAUUGGAAGAAUUUCCCAAUAGAUACUACUAUUACAAGUUUAAAAGAAAAGUUACAUAGAAUAGUAGGAACAGACCCAAAAUAUAUGAAUUUACAACUUAGAGAGAAUAACAAGACUACGGUAUUGGUAGAUAAUGAUGGAUUCCAAGACGGAUCAUUGACAUUGAAUCAUAUACCACAUUUACUCGAGGGUGUUAACCUCAACAUUCACAUUAUCGAUGUCGACCCAAACAACUAUGUCGCUAGCCUACAAGACAUUGAUAGCCAACCAUCAACUAAAAUGACCGACGAAGAAUAUGAUAAGCGUGAAGGUACCUAUAGAAAAUGGAAACAAGAACAAGAACAAAAACAACCAUCCACCACCACUCAACCAUCAAGUACCACCGACGACAAUUCAAUCGAACCAUCAUGGCUAAAGAUUGGUGACAAGUGUCAAGUAAAGAGUGAUCUUCGAACUGGAACCAUUGCAUAUAUUGGCUUAGUCAAUGAUACUGUUGGUUACUGGGUCGGACUUCACUUGGACCUCCCAUUAGGCAAAAAUGAUGGUACUCUCAAAGGAAAGAAAUAUUUUGAUUCAAUUGAUAAAUAUGGUGCUUUUGUUCGUGCUUCCAAUCUUAAUGUUAAUUCUCAACAACCAAAUGAAAUUUAA